GCUCCGUAAACAGUCGCGUUACACGACGCCGGUUAAAUAAAGAAAGAAGGAAAGAAAAGAUUAAAAAAAGGAAAGAAAAGUAAAGACAGAAGACGUAGAGCCUCACUAUGAGAAGCGACAGAGCGCGUGCGGAGUGACUGACGCCUGACGCGCUACCGGAACGCGCAACAGCCGCUCGGACGCAUCGGGAUGCACGGUUGACUCUGAUCCCGCUCAGCGUACACUGUUGCACUGUUGCUCCAUCAUCACUGAUAUUAAUUUUUAAUCUUAUUUUUAUUACUUUGCAUUGGAAAGUUUGCGCGCUCCCGUGACCAGAGGGUGAAUGCCCGCGCCUGCGUGCACGCGUACCGACUCGAGCGCCAACUUCACACGGCCGGCUUUGGGGAAACGGAGAGGACCAGAGCUCUGCUGCUCCGCUCAGUUCAGCAUGAAGUCUGCGGAAGAAGAGGCUUCUAGCUAUAUGCCAAAUGUUAGUCUGUCUCUCCCACUUGGAAUGGCCAACCCCUGCCUGGUCUCUCAGUACCACAAUCUUCAAUCAAGCCCCGUUAUCUCAGUCUCAUCAUGCCACCAAGCGAGCUACGGACACCAUGAGAACAACAUAGCUCCAAAUUACUACUUCCCUGGGCUUCGUCCCAAUGGUGCGCCCCCUCUGGAGAGGCCACGAAUCGAGAUCACUUCCUAUGGCCAGAUGCCUGAGGAAGAGGUGGAGGAAAGUGGCACCAUGGGCCCUGUGGCUAAGCGAGUCAACAUUGUGACCUUGACCUUGCCGAGUGCUGACGGGUACCGCGACCCAAGCAGUCUAAGUCCUGCAAGUAGCUGCAACUCAGAGGCCUCAUUUGAGUCUGGUUUCUACAACUAUGAAAAUUCACCCCAGAACUCACCAUGGCAGUCACCCUGUGUCUCACCUAAAGGCUUAUCCUCUUCAAUGCUGUCUUGCCCCCCUCACGGGCAUGCCCCCGGUCCAUCACCUCGUCACUCCCCUUCUACAUCCCCAAACGAUGAUAUUGGAAGUCACGGGAAGCGGAAGUACAGCUUCAACGGCACGCCUUAUGGGCAUGCAGCAGGCAUCUCGCCCAACCACUCACCCGGGGCGUCCCCUCAGGGUUCACCAAGGCUUGAAGAAAGCUGGCUGGGAACCACUAAUCAGUACACCAAUUCAGCCAUCGUGGCAGCCAUCAAUGCCCUCAGUACAGACGGUUUACAUGAUCUUGGCGAUGGUGUUCCCAACAAGAGCCGGAAGACCAGUGUCGAGCACAACGCCAGUAUGAGCCUAAAGGUGGAGCCGAUAAAUGAUGACGCAGGCACAGAACUCGGCCAUGAGGACUAUAACAACGCCAACCGUAUGCCAUUCAAGAAAGAGAGCUAUUGCUCAGGAUUCCUGGAUGUGCCGCCUCACCCAUACUCAUGGCCCAAGCCCAAAUCUUACCUCAGCCCUUCCCUGCCGGCUCUUGAUUGGCAGCUGCCAUCCUGCUCAGGUCCCUACAAUCUACAGAUCGAGGUGCAGCCCAAAUCUCACCACCGUGCCCACUACGAGACAGAGGGCAGCCGGGGGGCAGUGAAGGCCCUAUCAGGAGGACACCCUGUGGUGCAGCUCUACGGCUACAUGGAGAGUGAGCCGCUAACACUCCAGCUCUUCAUUGGCACGGCCGAUGACCGACUUCUGCGACCGCACGCUUUCUACCAGGUUCACCGCAUCACUGGCAAGACCGUCUCCACCGCUAGCCACGAGGCUCUGCAAUCCAACACCAAGGUGCUGGAGAUCCCGCUGCUGCCUGAGAACAACAUGAGAGCCAUAAUCGACUGUGCUGGAAUCCUAAAACUCCGAAACUCAGACAUCGAGCUGAGGAAGGGGGAGACAGACAUCGGCCGCAAAAACACUCGAGUCCGAAUGGUGUUUCGUGUCCACAUCAACCAGCCCAAUGGCAGGACCGUGUCUCUACAAGCCGCAUCCAACCCCAUAGAGUGCUCCCAGCGCUCAGCACAGGAGCUGCCUUUGGUGGAGAAGCAGAGUCUGGACAGCUACCCAGCAUCGGGAGGUAAACGGAUGCUCCUCAGCGGCCAUAACUUCCUGCCUGAAUCCAAAGUCAUGUUCGUAGAAAAGGCCCAAGAUGGACACCAUGUAUGGGAGACAGAAGCCAACGUGGACAAGGAUUCCCGCAAAUCUACUUCGCUGGUGGUGGAGAUCCCUCCUUAUCGCAAUCAGAGGAUAUCCAGCGCUGUGCCUGUUAGCUUCUACGUCUGCAAUGGCAAAAGGAAGAGGAGCCAGUAUCAGCGCUUUACCUACCUGCCAUGCAACGUUCCGAUGAUAAAGACAGAGCCGGCUGAUGACUAUGAGUCUCGGAUGUCCAUACACACAAAUCCCUACUUCAGCCAGCAGAGACUGCCUACCAUGAUGCCUUUGGAAGACCCAGAGCCCUGCAUGGUGGCCAGUUAUGCCCCCUGUGCACCUCGCCCCACUCCCAUGCUAUGCUCUACCCCUAGCUCCAGCCCUAAGCUUCAAGACCUGUCACCUGUACCCUAUCCUAAGUGCCUGAGCAACAGCCCUACACAAUCCACCAUGUCUGGAGGUAUGGCAUCCAUGCAGGAUCCUUCUAGCCACCACGGGCUGGCACUGCCUAGCUCUCCUGACCCUAGCUCUCUUGGCAUACACCCCCCUCAGGGUAGUCCACACCUUGGCAGCCCCUCAUACCACCCCCUCUACCCCAACAGUAGUCCCUCUUCCUCUCCAACCUCUCAUCCCUCAACGCCUGGGGCUACAGCUGAAAGUCCUUAUCUGGUCACCUUUAGUUCCGCCCAGCCCAGAGGAAGCCCACCUACACUGUUAGCAGACGAUCAUGCUUCUUCUGCAUUGCCUGUUACCAUCAAACAAGAACCGCAAGAGCUCGACCAAAUGUAUCUGGAUGAUGUCAAUGAGAUAAUCAGGAAUGACCUGUCCUGCACUUCCUCUCACAGUCACUCCUAGAUGGCCAUGAACAUGCCUGACGAAAGAAGGGACCAAGAUGUCUUCCCUCUGAAGCCACCCUCAAUUGGACAAUCAAGUUCUCGCAUUUCGAGGAACUUCUAACGUGGACAACAUGACGUCAUGUUUCACAUGAAAGGCCUUAAAAUUCAAUGGUGUAAAACAAAAAAGCACCAGUGGAAAGCAGUGACUAUUUGAUUUGUUGGUUGUACUUGUUCUUCUUCUUGCUCUUGCCUUAAAAAAAAAAAAAGAACUGUUCCUUAUGGUCGACAAAGAUCUCGCGAUGACUUUCAUCUCCUUCUCUUCUUCAUAUGUGUGCGUGCUGGUGUCCAGGACAAACGCUGUCCCAACAACAUUUUGUAGCAAUCAGUCCCGACUGUUUCGUCACGCCGGAUAGGUUCUGCAGUGCCUUGCUGCAUGUAAAAUAAUAAAAAAAAAAAAAACAGGGAUGCAAUUUCAGUUCAUCUUCUUCCUUUUUUUAUACUUUGGUCUCUCAUUUGUUUACAGUAAAUAUGAAAGGCUGGAAUGUGUAGAUGUGUGUGGAAAUGUGUGAAUAAAGUAAACCUGUGUUUA